AUGACUCAAUUUAAUUUAUCAUCACAAAAAUUAACUGCCACUCAAAAUCAUGAUGAUUUUGCAGUAUUUUGGCUUUCCUCGAGUGAUGAAGUUCUUAGUGAAUUGGCAGUUCAAUUUGAUCAUUCUUGUCGAAUGUAUGAUUCGUAUGAAACUUGUGUCGAUGCUAUAGUAGAAACCCGAAGCGAAGGCAAAAUAUUUCUUGUUGUCAUGAAUGUUCAACUUGAGUCAUAUUUUAAUGAUUUUCCUCAAAUUAGAAAAAUUUAUGUCUUAUCAAAAGAUUCUCAAAAUGUAAAAAGUAACAAACAAAAUUAUUCAAAAUUGGUAGAUAUUUUCUCGGAAAAAUCUAUACUAAUGGAACGAUUACAUCAAGAUAUAUUGUUGACAUAUAGAAAUGAUUUACCAGUAACUAUCUCAUGUUUAUCUGAGUACAAAAACGAACAAUCUCUCACAGGCAUACGCGGUAAUACGCUUAUGUUUUUAUGGGAUCAAUUUUUUAGUUACCAUAUUGUACAUUCGUUACCUGUGGAUAUGACUCAAUUAAAAAUAGAUAUGAUAGAACAAUGUCGAAUAGAAUACGAAAAUAAUUCAAUACAAUUGGAUAAAAUAAAGCAAUUUGAAAUUAAUUGCACAUCGGAUAAUGCACUACAGUGGUAUUCAGAAGAUUCAUUCGCCUAUCGACUUUUAAAUCGUGCAUUUCGUACAAGAAACAUUGAUUUUAUUUGUAAAUUUCGAUAUUUUAUUAUUCUCUUAUAUACUCAAUUAAGAAAAUUAUCACAAGAAGAACAUAAAGAAAAUUAUCCCACUCUCUAUCGAGGACAAAAAAUGAAUAAAACUGACCUGGAAAAAUUUCAAAGCAAUGUUGGACAUCUUAUUUCAUGGAAUUCGUUCUUGUCAACAUCGCGUAAUCGAAAUGUCGCUGAAAUGUUUAGCGGUGGAAGUGAAACUGACUUUGGAGUGAUAUUCGAAAUUAAUAUGCAAAAUGCCACGCAUGAUACAUGGAAACCAUUUGCUGAUAUUUCAGUAUUUAGUUCGAUAUCGGAUGAACAAGAAGUUCUAUUCUUUAUUGGUACAGUUUUUCUUGUUGAAUCUGUUGAAGAACAACAAAAUUCAGUAUGGAUUAUUAAACUUACUUUAAAUAAAGAAACAGAUGGACAAUUAAAUCAAAUAAGAAAUAUUUUUACACAACAUCUGCACAAACUCAAAGAUACUCAUCAAUCAUUUAUGAACACAGAUGAUUUUACUAUGCUUAAACGAUAUUAUCCUAUGUUGACAGGAAAAUUAUUUUCAUUAAAUGACUUACCGUCAAGUAUAAUUAAUCUACCACUUGGUUAUCUAUUGGGUCUUUUGGGCCAUUAUGAUAAAGCAAUUGAAUUUUACAAAAGUCUUCUAUUCGAAAAGAACUUUAUUGAUAUUCACAAAUUUAUUAUUAUUCACGUAAUGAUUGGCUACAAUUAUUUUCAUCUUUCACAAUAUUAUAAUGCCUUACUCUGUUAUUUGGUUGCCUUGUCAUUAAUAAAUCAUAAGAAUUUAUUGAUUGGCGAAAUUUAUCAUCAUAUUGGUGAUGUUUGGAGAGCAAUGAAUUAUUUCAAACUUGCACAGUUUUGCUAUGAGGAAACACUGGAAAUUCUAGGUGAUGAGAUAGAUAAUCGUCGUUUAGCUUAUAUUUAUCGAAUAAUGAGUGAUUUACAUAAGAAACAAGGUAAUGAAAAUGAUGCUAUUGUUUAUGAACAAGAAGCAAAUAAUAUAGAUCCACAAUAUGGAUCAUCAUCAACCAGCAAUCAUGAACAGUUACUAAAACAUCAACAUGAAUUAGAGACUAGACAUGAUAUAACACCACUUGAACGUGCUGGUUUAUUAUAUAAAAUUGGUUUAUGUCUAAUAAAAGAAGGUGAUUAUUCUGCGGCAUUAGAAGUACUAUUGCAAACAGAACAAUUGUUUUUAGAACAUCGACCAGAAACUGAUUGUUUCGUUGAUAAAUUUGCCACAUUGUACGAAAAUCUUGCUUUAACUUAUCUAUUUUUAGACAAUCAUUUAAAAGCGUUAAGUAUGUGGAGGAAGGCAAUUGACAUUCGUAGCACUAUUCCUUGGAACUAAUUUUUAGAUCUUGUGAUUUAAUGAGAAUUGUGUCAAAAAUUGGUCACACAAGACAAAGAGGAGAUGCUUUAACAUGAAAUGUGUGCCAUCUUUCGAGUUGCAACUAUUUCAAUAGAACGAAUACAAAAGGAAAAUAAUAUCGAGGCUUUUCUCACUAUAAUAAAAUACUUUUAGAUUUUUCCUGUAAGACAAUUUCUGCUUUUUAACCUGCAUUCUAACGCAUACUUUUAUGUUUCUAUUGUUUACUAUUAGUUUAUUAUUAUAAAUAUUCAUUGAUAUUUAUUUGUUUAUUACAUAUAAAUAAAAGUUGGAUGUGCGUGUUUAUUAGAGAAGAUCCACACCCACAGUCGUUUAUCGAAAGUAAAGUAGCGUGAUUCACAUCAAACAGAAAAUUCUCAAUGGUCAAGUUUUGCGUGCACGCUUUGUUUGAAUGAUAUAUUAAACAGUGAGUACAAUUCAUUUUCACACAACGAAUUUGAAAUCUUCCAAUUGAGUUGCGGAGUUGAUUUAAUGGAUGACUAAACAUACUGGAAUUAAUUUCAUUAUCGGUCCAGAGUGAAAGACAAGUCAAAUUGAGAAAAUCCGCUUCGCAUGUUUGGAUUGGACCCAUAGUUUGAGAAUCAAGAACAAGCGAAAUAACGUUAGUGAAAUUAAAUAAAGAUGAUAUGAGACUUUUGUUUAGAGUUUUUUAUAAACUUAAAAAUGAAGAUGAAAAUAUAUAGAAAGCUCAUUUUUCAUUGCAAGCUUUAAACACAAACAUGUGUCAUCAUCAGGUAAUUAUGAAAAUUUUUACAAAAUUUCGAGAAUAUCAAUAAUAAUAUCUUUUGGGUAGAUCUUAAGAUUAUGAUUAGUCAAAGAACUUCAAAUGAAAAACUCGAUAAAUCAUAAAACAUUAAUAUAUUUUAGAACUUUUGUAAAAAUUAUCAUAAUUGCCUGGUGACGACACAUGUUUGCGUUGAAAUAUUGCAAUAAGAAAUGAACUUUUUAAGGAAAGGCGGUAAAAUCAUUGAACGUAGCCGAACUGGAUUAAGACGCAAGGAAACAAUUUGUUCAGGAUCGAUUUUUCGAAGAAUCAUUUUGAUAAAUGCAUCAGAAAUGUAAGAAAUAUAUAUGUAGCUUUGUUUUUUAUAUUUACGUAAUAAAGAAAGAAUGUUGUCGAAAAAUGCUUUAACUGCAUCGUUUAAUGUAAGAUAUUGGACUAUGCCGAGAAUUAUAUCCAAGAAAAGACCAGUCGUGGUAAUGAAGCCAAGUGACUAAAAUGAAACUAAUAAAAUAUUUUUCUUGUUUUUGUUUGAAUUUCUAGUAAAUUUAUUAGUUUAUAUGAUAACAGAAAAGCAAAGAAACGGUAAUGACUCAAUAAAAAUUGUUCGCUAUCAUCACACUCUUCCUUAUCGAUGAUCAGUUCUCCUAAGAAUGUUUUACGAGUUGAUUUUUCUCGAGUUCUUAUCAAUGUAUCACCGUCGAACAAUAAUUUAAAUUCAUAUUCAGAUAUUGAUGACCAAUCCUUUUCUCCAGCCGAUCGUUGCAUAAUACCAGUAAGUAUUGAACAUUGUUUAGCAGAUGGUGGGUGUGGGUGAAGAGAGAAUCCUCGCAAGCACUGGCGUACCCGCAUCCACACCCUUUCUAAUUCUAUCAAGAUCACCCAAAAUCCUCUUCGCCCUCUACUGCAGCAAAUAGUGGCGCUAUGUUGUGAUAGCGCUGGUUGGGUUGAACUUCAAGAUCCCAAACUUUUGAUUGCAUGCUCAAGUAUGACCAAGUUAGUAGUCUUUGAAAACAAAUUUUGAGCGAAUUCUAUCACACUGAAAAAAAAUGGUGCCAUAUGGAACUUAAAAAAGGUUUCGAAUUUUGCAACGAAAUCGAAAACUUUUUUCAGUUUCAUAAAAAUAUGGUUUCGUAGUCAACAUCUUGUAGGCAUUCUAAUGCAAUGCCAUUGAGUCUAUAUCUAUACCAAUACAACGAUCUAGAUCGAAAAACAAGUCGCUGUAAGACCCGCUCGUAUCCCCAUAAUCUAUAUAUUUCCCCUUAUUCUAUACGUUCUCUCUAACUCUCGAAAGAAAAACGUAUCCUCGGAAACCCUUAGAGGAUGUUGACAAGUUACUGUCUGUAACACAACCUACAAGACAAAAAUGUUUCUGUGUUCCCAAUUAGGAAAAUGUAACUUACCAUCUCUAUCAAAUCGAUAUCAACCUAAAAAUAUAAAAACUAAUAUAGUCAUGUUCUAUUUUUUAUAUGCAACUUACCUUUCUAUCAGCUCGAUAUGAACACGAAUUAAAAUACGAAAUUAGCUAUUUUCUAAACGUUCUCAGUCAUGUGCCAUGAGACUUUCAGGAGAUAUGCAUCAAACAAUGGUGAAAAAUAGCUCGUUUCGUCUCCAACAAUUGUGCCUGACUCUCCAUUCUAUAUAUUCAACUUUUUUGUGUGAAAGAGCAUGUCAAAAUACAGUGAAUAUCGAAAGACCCUUUUCAGUUUCCUUUUUUCUGACGAGGAAUAAAAUCGCAAAUUCGAUACUCCACAAAACUCUACAAAUUUGGACUUUUCGGAAACAGAGCGAGCUACUCUUCACCUUUGUUUCGUUCAUAUCAGCU